CCUGGGAAAACUUGUCGGAAUGAAAACAUCUUCGGUUGUUUCCAGAAAUUGCCGGUAGCAGGUUCCUGUUGUAUCUCUGCAGGAAUGCUAUUCCACAGAACGGGGGAAGUCACACUCAAAGCCCUGCUCUGAAUUACAGAAGAUCUACCCAAAUAUCAGGAGUGAGCGGCAGAUUUUAUCCUGCCUGCAUGAUUGUUCUCACUGGCCCUGGUUAAUAGGGGUUAGAAAGUAUGAUGGGCACUGAUUCAUUCUGUACAUAAAGCUUUGUUGGAAGAGGUUUUUAAAGCAAUAAAUACAUCAUGGUACAGAUGUUGCUGCUAUUGCACCAAUGAGAUCGUGAGCUGCAGGCAUCCAAGCCAUGAAGGAAGCAUUGUGGAACAACACUGUUUAUUUCGCAGCAUUUAUGUCCUGCUUAAUUGCAAUAAAACCUCAAAGCAGUUGAGACAGGCGAUAGAACCCGUCCUGUUUUCUUCUUUGCAGGUGCCAAAACAUUUCGCGCCACUAGGAUCUAGGAUCGUAGAAUUGCAGAUCUGGAAGGAAACCCAAGGGUCAUCUAGAUCAUCCCCCUGAAAUCAGUGCCAUGUGGGGCUUAAGUGCAGAAAACGCGCGAGCUGCUGAGACUGGCACAGAGGCAACUACCGCAGAGUGCGACGACCGGGAGGGAGAGGGAAUAAAAGCGAGAGCGAGGAAGAGAGUUGGACGGAGAAAAGGCUAAGAGACCAGCAAGCAAAGCCUCCGAAGAGGGAACUGAGCUUUACUGCAAAAAAUUCGGACUGGCAGCAGCGCACUGAGAUCCACAAUGGUGGAAGACUUCGAGGUAGCCAUUUCUCAGGGCCAAUUGGCAGACGCUAUGUCACAUGUGCUGGCAAAACCACUGCACUUUUUCAACAGCACUCCGCUCAACAUAGCUGUGGUAGGUGAGCCCGGCUCCGGGAAGUCCUCCUUUAUCAAUGCCAUGCUGGGUCUUCGUGCCAAUGACCCGCGUGCCGCUGCGACUGGCAUACAGAUGACGACAGUCCAAGUCAAGGAUUACCUACACCCGACACUUCCGCAAGUGAUCCUUUGGGACCACCCUGGAAGAGGAACACCAACCUUUGGGGAGGACAAAUUUGAGAAGAAAGUCGAUUUGAAUCACUUUGAUUUCUUCGUCAUCGUUGGCUCCCAGCGCUUCCGCUCCACCCAUUCUGACCUGGUCCGUGAGAUCCAAGAUAUGGGCAAGAGCUUCUACUUUGUGCGCACCAAAGCAGACCUGGACCUGUCGGCCGCCAAGAGGCAACGGCCAUCUGACUACAAUGAGAAGAAGGUCCUCUUGCACAUCCAGGAGGACUGCAAGGAGUGCUUGGUAAGAGAAGGAGUGAGGGACCCACAAGUCUUCAUCGUCUCCAACUGGGAAGCCGACCGCUUUGACUUCCCCCUCCUGCAGGAAACGCUGAAGAACGAUCUCUUCCAGCUGAAGAGGCAAGCCUUUCUGCUCCGCUUCCCUAGCAUCUGCCUGCCUACGUUGGAGAAAAAGAAAACCACUGUGGAGGAGAAGAUUUGGACCAAAGGGCUUGUUUUGCUGAUCGCUCUUGGAAGCCUAGUUCCCUUCCUUCUCCCCAUAUUUCUGUUUAGUAAGUUCCGCUCCUGGUGCUUCCUAGACUUUGGCCUGGACAAUCCAUCCCUUGCAGCUCUGGCCCAGCGGGUUGGAAAGACAAGCACAGCCCUUAAAGCAGCAAUGCAGUCCCUGGGAAUCUUCUCUGCCAUUUUAUGGGUGCUGCCAGACCUGGUGGGACUCUCAGUGAUGGCUUAUGAAUAUCACCGCUGGGAGCAUUUCCCCAUCUUUGGCUGCCUUCUGUCCGGAGGGAUUUCGCUUCUUCGCACCUACUUCAUGCUGCAGAAAUGCAUAUCUGGUGCUGCUGAUGACACCCAGAGGGUUCUGUCCAAAGCUCUUGAGGCAGAGGGGAAAAAGUCCAUUUAGCAGCAAACAGAUGCACUAUGAUGACUUGAUAUAUAGUAUCUGGCGAAUUAUACUUUGGGUCAAAUGGACUUGCUCCUAUUCAUAAUGAAUAGUCCACUAAUGAAUUGCUCUGUAUAUGAUGUCAGACUAGAAAAAACUAGUGACCUAUGUGAACCUGCUUGCAGGGAUGGUCUCAAGUUAUAAUUUAUGCAGGCUGCAGCAUUCUCUUUCUCUCCCUCUCUCUCUCUAUAUAUGCUGCAUUUGAACAGGAGUUAGCUCUGUAUCAGAAGUCCAAUGCAACAUCUAUUUCAGAAUUUUCUUUCCCUUAUACAGACUCAAACUGAAGGAGGGCAUUCAGCUAGACAGGAGCCUCCACAUUUGUGAAAUAGAAAGUUGAGGUAAUUUUAACCUGUUCUAGUAUUUUAACUCUUGCAUAUCUUAAAGCACGACUGUAAUUGUUUCCUGGU